AGAACAUCGACGAGCGAAAUCAAACGGUCGCCUAUUAACCUCACCUGACUCGACGUCUUCUCCGACGCAAUGGACCUGGACGCCGAGACUUGUGAACCGGGACUGACCAAGGAAUGGGAGGAUCUGGCGCAGGAUUACAAAGAACUCGAGGCACUAAAUAGGGAGUAUCUUGCAAAAUUAGAAGAGGUUGGUGAACUGCAAGCAAAAUGUGUUAAAGGUAUUUCACAUCAGAAAUACCGUAUGGGCAUAAUAUCUAAAAUGCUGAAACAAUUGAACACAAAAGAAAUACGAGAGGAAUUACAAAAAUCUAUGGCAAGGAGAGAACAACAGUUGUAUGAGAUAGAACAAACAUUACCUAAGCCAAACGGCACUUAUCUUCAAAUUAUUCUAGGCAGUGUUAAUGUUUCCAUAUUAAAUAAAAGUGACAAAUUCAAGUACAAAGAUGAAUAUGAGAAAUUUAAACUAGUUCUAUCAGUAAUUGGAUUUAUAUUAUCUGUAGUAAAUCUAUUUACUAAUAUAAGGACUUUAGAACUUAGUUUUAUGUUUCUCCUUGUUUGGUACUAUUGCACGCUAACAAUAAGAGAAAGUAUACUCAAAGUGAAUGGAUCUAGAAUCAAAGGAUGGUGGAGAUUUCAUCAUUUUCUUUCAACUGUAGUAUCCGCUGUUCUACUAGUGUGGCCAAAUACAGGGCCGUGGUAUAUUUUUCGUAGACAAUUCAUGUGGUUCAACGUAUACAUCAGUGUAGUCCAAUACUUGCAAUUUCGGUACCAACGCGGCGUUUUGUACCGAUUGAAAGCGUUGGGCGAGAGAGACAAUAUGGACAUUACUAUAGAAGGAUUUCAUUCAUGGAUGUGGCGCGGUCUUUCUUUUCUACUGCCGUUCCUCUUUGUCGGUUACCUGUUUCAGCUUUACAACGCGUACACAUUAUACGAAUUGACAUAUCACUCAGAGGCGACAUGGCAUGUGUCAGUACUCAGUGCCAUGUUCCUUGUAUUAUUCCUAGGCAAUAUCACAACUACCAUCAUGGUGAUUCCACAGAAGCUCGUCAAGGAACGCGUCAAGGAUCAUCUGUUCGCGUCCAAGUCUUCGCGUCAAGAUCGUAGGAAGGAAAAAGCUGUACACGAUAAGAACAAUAAAAGCGAAAAGAAUGAGUGAAAAGAAAAAACUUGAGAUUUUCGGCUGGCAAAGAACUCGAUCGGAAUAACGCGAAUAAAAAAAAAUUACAAAUAGCAGAGACGAAACUUUACAUUAUAAAGUGGUGAUGGUUUAAGUGAUGCAUUAAAACAUAACGAACAGUGCUUUGCUUGUUGCGCCGUGUAAAGGUAAAUACUAAUUAAAUAUACAUACAUAAUGUCGCAAAUGACCACAAACGGAAGGAGUCGCAAUCCCGUGUACUUUUUUUAUUGACUUUGGUUUUGAAUAAAGUCCAUUGUAGAGUAUUUUAGCGAAUGUUCUUUGUACUCUCCGAUUAAUCCCCGGAGUAUAUAAACUGAUGCAACUUCAAUAACAGACAUUUCUCGAUGAAUUUAUCGAUGAUAUUAUUUA